AUGGCUUCCACUCUCCUAAGUCAACCUUCAACUCUGCCUCCACCUCCACCUCCUGGUGCCCUGCCUCCACCUCCACCUCCUGGUGCUCCGCCUCUACCAAAUUCGCCUGGCACCUCUACCACACCCAUCAAUCCUGCCACACUGAUGCAGUCGCGCGUACCUGAGUUACUGAUUGUCACAAUUCUGAUGACACUAUGUGCUACUGUUUUUGUGCUCGGUCGAUUAUACUCAAGACUGGCACUGACUCGAAAUUUGGGAUAUGACGAUAUAUUCUUAGCUGUGUCCUGGGUACUAGACAUUGUCCUCACGGUUCUCAUUUGUGUCCUCACCAAGCACGGCGUUGGGAAACAUGUUAUUAUCGUUCCGUUGUCAAGCGCACAUUGGAUACAGAUCUUGGGAUUUUCCGUCCGAAUGGUCCAUGUUGUCGUUCUCACAACUACGAAGCUCUCCAUCUGUCUCUUCUACCGCCGGAUUUUCCAAGACCGACUGAACAAUAUUCUCUCGAGCUCGCUCAUGGCUUUCAUGGUCGUCUUUACGGUCGCGUUAUUUAUCGAAGGCUUCUUUGCCUGUGAAUAUGGGGGUGCGUUUUGGGCCCCCACAGGAUGCGGACUGGCUUCCUUCGCGGAAUAUUCUGCUUUCUUCAUCUAUGGAUCGGCGGCAUUGAGCGUUAGUGCAGAUUUAUUCCUCAUGGCUUUCGCUCUCUGGAGAAUCAUCCCGCUCAGCAUAGCCAGAGCACAGAAGAUCUCAUUAUACAUAAUCAUCUCACUAGGUUGGGUGGCCAUCACAGGGUCUUUGGUCCGGGCAAUUCGUACUGGCGAGACGUCCCAGAGCCUUGAUCCGACGUGGGCCGCAUUUGAAAUAGAUAUCUGGGCGUCAAUCGAAGUCAAUAUAGGGUUGAUUUGCGCUUCUGCACCGGCCCUUAAACCAUUGAUCCGAAAAAUCUUUCCCAAAUUCCUCGCAUCCACUGUCGAACCCAUCUCCGGCGGAAACAAUAUGGCUCCUAUAGCCACAAAUGGCUCUUCCCAAGUGACUCAACAUUGUGGCCGAGUUGGUGCUUUAGAGUUUCGCAGUUUUUCUACCUCUGGUGUAACACACACACAACAAUCAUCCACGACCAGCUCUAGGGCCGUCAUUGAUAGAGAGAAGAUGAACAGGGAGAUUGGUAUAACGGAUCUUGAGAAUGAUGAGGAGGCAUUAGAUUACAACACUCAUCUAUCAUAA